AUGGCAGAAAGGUCACAAGGAUCUGACAGCCCUCAAGAAGGCCAAGAAAAGAGCAAGCGAGAGAUCCUGAGGUGCACCAAGAGGGCCUGGGCUCCUCUGGAUGAGCAGCUGCCACCCGGCCCCGAGGAAAGACCGGCUCUCACCACCCCUGAACUGGAAGAUUCCAAACAAGAAAGUAUUUGGCAGUGGCUGGACUCUGGAUUCUUUGUCUCUGUAAAUGAAAACUUUCAGAAAGUCAUCGACUACACUGCUUCUUUGCAUAAAGAAGGAGUGGUUCAAAUGACUGUGAAAGACUACAUGAGAUCUCUGCAUCAGUGUUCAGAAACUCCCACCCUAUCCAGAGGGGCCAGCUUCAACUCCUGCCAUUCUACUGCGAGUAGACCACAAAGCAUUCCUGAAUGGCUGGAAUUUGGGGAAAAAGAUCCAGUGGAGAUUCUCUUGGAUCUGGGAUUCGGUGCUGACGAGCCAGACAUCUGCACACAAAUCCCAGCCAGAUUCUUCCGUUGUGGCUCCUCAGCCAGAGGAAUCAACAUUCGUGUUUUUCUUGAAGCUCAAAAGCAUCGAAUGGACGUUGAGAGCCCUAACUUGUAUGGCCAUUUCCAACAGCUGGAAAUCCUGGACCAGGUGACAAGUACCUUCUCAUCUUUGCUGAGCAGUGUGAGCAUCCUACAGAACAAAGCCGAACAGAACGCUGGAGGAGAGAGUGUGCAAAGAACCUCGGGGAGCGGGGCCAAAGAGCAUCGGAGAAGGAUGGGUAAACUUGUAAGGAGAGCUUCAAAACAGAACAGCAGGAAGGACUGUAGCCCGGGAGCAUCAGAGUCAUUCAAGAUGAAGGAUGAAUUUUUCACCCCCUCUGCAAAGCCAGAGGAGUGUGGAGCAGACGUACCUGCGGCCACAUUCAACCAGGACCAGCGGCAUUUGUCUCCUUCAGCAGAGCACCCGUCUCCCCCAGCCUGCAAUGACUUGAUACCUUGUCAUCCUCCCGGAGCUCUUCGGGGCAAGCAGCUGACCAAGCAGACUACUCCCUCCUGUGUAUCCGAGGGGCCAGUCAAGGGCAGAACUCAGAAGAACUCAACUCAGACUAAUGAGCUCAAGAACUUGUCUCGUCUUGCUCGUGAAGGACCAGACUCCUUCGAAAUGGAAGAGGUUCAGAGCUUUGAAAAAGAUACCAGUAAUCCUCUUGACAUGGCUUCAGGAACUGUAGGGGCCAGGAUGGACAGAGCCAACAGCUGCCAGUCUGACAGCAGCGGGUUCCUGGAGGAGCCGCCGGAAGUGCUGCCUGCCCAGGUGCCUUCGUUGCUGCGCAGCCAGAGUCCCACCGGGAAUGGAGGGGGGAGGCCGAGGGAUGGGAGCCAGCGCCUGGGGUCGUCCCAUGGCAGUCUGCAGGCAUCUGGUGAGACUGACUCCAGGAGCAUGCCGAGCCUAUCUUUUCCAAGACAAGACUGCAGCAUCUUGGAAGAAAAGGCCUCAACCUCUGUGGUGGAGGAAGAGUCUCAGCCUGAGGCCACAGAGGGGCCACCACAGCUGUGGAUCCCAGAUAAGGUUCUUGCCAAAAGCAGCCCUGGAGGAGAACACCCAAGGAAAGGUGGCCAUCUGCCACAGCUGCCGCCAGUGCCCCAUGCUGCCUGUGAGGCCACUAGAGCGACAGUCACUUCCAAAUAUGACUGCCCUCUGGGGUGUAUGCUGACCCACAUCACGGAAGUGAAGGACAGGUUUCUGAGGCCCGGGGAAGCUGCAGGAGUGCUUGUGCAAAGCCACCACUGUGAGUCUCAAAAGUCACCUGGAAAUGAGGAUGCUCCAGACAAGUUCCUGCAUGUGGACUCUGAGGCCCCACAGGGAGACGAAGGCAGCAAGCUCUGCCCUGAUACCAACAACACCUUAUUGACACAAGAGAGUCCACCACAGCCUGUCCCCAAACAUGGCAAAGUCACAUUCCAUACAGUUGACCUCAUUCCAACAUCUGAAAAGUCCAUUCCCCACCUCAGUAAACUGCCUGCGGACACUCCCCAGAUGGAGCCAAGGGGUGGUGCUUUGAGUCAAAUGCCACCCAGGGCAGAGGCUGAGAUGGAAAACCUUCCUCCAGAUGCUGACCCGGACCCUGGGAGCUCCAGGUCUAUGCCAACCCGGAUGUCCUCCAAGGUGGUGUCAGCUGCUCAGAGUGCUGUGGCCUUGGGGACUGAUUCUAGAGGACCAUCUUUAGAGUGCACUAUGUGUGACUGUAUUAGCACAGCAGCACCAAGAGUGGGGACAAAAGCAAGACAGUUCAAUGAUGUUUCCGUUCAGACUUAUAUAGGGGAGCCUAGGCCCUGGCAUAGCUGUUCAGCCCUAGGAAACAAGGCCUUGACCCACAGACGCCAGCCCCUCACUAAAUCUGUCUCUUUAGACACAGGCUUCCCUGGCGUCUACCCAGCAGGCGUCUGCCAGGCCGCACCUGCACGCUGCUGCAUCUGCUGUCACCACCAUCCCCACCGCCACGGGGAGAGGCGGAGCCCCAGCCCUGCACCCUCAGUCUGGAGGCGUUGCCUGUGCUUCUGUCCUGGUCAUCCAGAAGCCCAGUUCAUGAUGACUCUGAAGGUCCUUCAGGACACUACAGCAAGGGAACGAUGUUGCUGCACAGUUGAGGAGAUGGAAGCCAUGAGGAGGGUAUGCCAGAGUUUCCGGGAGCAUUUAGAGGAAAUUGAACAGCACCUGAUGGGACAGCAGGCACUCUUUUCCAGGGACAUGUCAGAGGAAGAAAGGAAGGAGGCUGAGCAACUGCAAACUUUACGUGAGGCCCUGAGGCUGCAGGUGGCAGAGCUGGAGUUGCUGUUAGGAGACCAGGCUCGGCAAAUCAGAGAAGGGCUUCUACAGCAGCUAGAGCAUCUCACAGGGGAGCCACCUGAACACUAUACAAAUCUGCAUCAAGGUAACUGGACAGAAGAACAAAAAGGCCAGACUUCAUGUGCUAAAAGCCGCCCAGCCAUGGCCUCUGGGGCUGCCUUUCCUCCCAUCGAUGGCCAGCAGGUACCCUGUGCAGGUGGGCCCCCGUUGGCUGCCUCUGCUUCACCCACCUUGAACAGCACCAGGAUAUCUCCUCCAUCACCAGCUGGGGCAGAGUCAUGUCCAGCCCCUUCAUCAAAUUGUCCUGUUGGAGAAAAGGAUACAAAUGUCUUCUAG